GCACUGAUGCGGAAGCGUCUAACGCGGAAGCAACACAGGCACCUUUUUGUAAACGCGUGCAUUUGCACUUAGAGCACUCCUUCGUACAUGAACACAGAUAUUAAAAUCGCAGGCAUUUAUUUCUUCGUAUAACACAGUGGUAGAGGUAUGUGGAGCAGCGGAGAAGCAGUGCUACGGGCCGUGGAGACGCCGCUGCUGUGGCUCGGGGCCGGGACCGCGGCCUGGCUGUCGGUGUGCGCCGUGUGCCGGCUGCUGUCCGGGAUCCGGGUGUGGGUGCUGGGCAACGGGCGGCUCGUGUCACCCACCACCCUGGGGAAAUGGGCAGUUGUGACUGGAGCCACAGAUGGGAUUGGCAAAGCUUAUGCGGAGGAGCUUGCCCGCAGAGGCUUUGCCCUUGUGCUGAUCAGCCGCUCUCAGGAGAAGCUGGAUGACGUAUCCAAGGCAAUCGUAAGUAAAUGUGGUGUGGAGACCAAAACGAUUGCAGCUGACUUCAGCGCUGUAGAUAUCUACUCUAAGAUUGAAGAUGGACUUGCAGGACUGGAGAUUGGAGUAUUGGUUAACAAUGUUGGAAUAUCCUAUUCUUACCCGGAAUUCUUCCUCAACGUCCCCAAUCUCGACUCUUUCAUUGACACCAUGGUCAACAUUAACAUAACAUCAGUGUGCCAGAUGACGCGUCUUGUUUUACCUCGUAUGGUAGAGAGGCAGAAGGGGGCAAUCCUCAACAUCUCAUCUGCCAGUGGGAUGUACCCUGUUCCUCUCCUUACUGUCUACUCUGCCUCCAAGGCCUUUGUGGACUUCUUUUCACGAGGACUGCAAGCUGAAUACAAGAGCAAAGGCAUCGUCAUCCAGAGUGUUCUGCCAUUUUUUGUUGCAACCAAGCUGAGUAAAAUACGGCGAGCUACGCUGGACAAGCCCAGUCCGGAGCGCUACGUUUCUGCUGAGCUCAACACUGUGGGGCUCCAGACUCAGACCAAUGGCUACCUGCCCCAUGCCAUUAUGGGCUGGGUGACUACAGCUCUCCUCCCGGCCAAGAUCCUCAACAGCCACGUGAUGGGCGUGGGUUUGUCCCAGCGCGCUCGUUACCUCAAGAAGCAGAAGCAGGGUUAAAUGGAUCUGCCGUGGCCGGGAGCGCCGGCGACAGACAGAGGGGACCAGCUGUGUUAACAACGCGUCCUGACUACCAUCAUCACAGACCUAGAAGAGAAAAUGUGACAGUUUUUGGGCAACAUCUCUGUUUCCUCCCUCUGAUGCUCCCAGUCAUGGAUGAUGUGAUACAUCAACUGGCCACAUUCGCUAUUACAUGUAUUCUAUCCUAACAGUUGUGUGAAAAAAUACAAACAAAGUGUUGCUCUUCAUCGCGUGAUCAGCUUUAAUGAAUGGAAUACUAGUGUGGAAAAGAAAAAAUGAUUACCAAAACUAUCCGUUUGUUUGCAAACCAUGGUUGAAAAUAAAGCCUAGGUGAUGAGGGAAGGAUGCAGAUCAUUUGGAUGUGGAUUUGUUUAUGUGGGUGGAUGUUUGGGUCUCCUGUGAGUAUGUGGACCAGCUGUUAGCAACGUUGACUACUGUAUUAAAUCACUGGAUAUGGUCCUUACUUACUGAUGAUACUAAGACAUUUUUGUGACAUUAAUAGCUUCCUUCCAGUUCCUCCCCUUAAUUUAAUAUCCGUUUCAAAGUAAUCAGAUGUACACAUUCCGUGUUAAGCACCAACUCAAUCAUUAAAGACCUCUUGUUUGCUUUUUUAUAUUAGUAUUUCCUUAAUAAUUUUGUUUUGGGGGCCGCGUGUUUAAUUCCAAACCAAACUACAUUUCAUUACUACCCAUCAUUUGUAAAAAAUGAU